AUGUUGCUCAAUCCACUGGUUGGGGCAGCUGUUUUUGCAGCCCUGGCGCUCUUUUACUUGGCCCGUUGUCUAUCAUCACCAUUGCUGAAAGUACCGGGCCCAGGCCUGUCGAGGUUUACCUCCGUCGUCCUCCGAUGGCACGAGUUCGGCGCCAAUCGGACGCUCUACAUACACUCCCUCCACUUGAAGUAUGGACCGGUUGUACGCAUUGCCCCAAAUGAGGUCUCUUUUACUUCGUAUGAGGCUGUGAAAGAGAUCUACGGCUCGCUCGGGAGUGGAUACGAUAAACAUCGUUUCUACAACCUGUUCAAAGUAUUUCAACGCCGAACCAUGUUUUCUACCUUGGAAAAGGGCGAGCACGCAAAACGCAAGCGACUUAUCGCUGACCGCUACGCCAACAGCAACGUUGUUAAGCCCACAGCAAUGAGCGGGAUUGAGAAGAGAGCUGAGGAGUUUGCAAGGCAAUGUGCAGACGCCACAAAGACAAGCGUUGAUGUUUAUGUUAAGCUUCAUUCCUAUGCCUGUGAUUGCAUCACGCAUCACCUGUUCCAUCCCUAUGGAACCAACAGCCUCCAAAUACCAGAGGACACUAAGAUGAUGGAACAGGUCACGACAGACGAUAGCCUGCGAAAUCGCCUCAUUCAGCAUCACUAUCCCGUAUUUUACCAGUACUUUUCCAGACUUCUUGAUCUCUUCUUCGACCCACGUACCACACCCCUGGCCAAGAAUUUCGUGGUUGGAGCCACUUCGAAGAUUGAUCCGGCACCGUUCACCCUCCUCAGUCGUCUGCAAGACAAAACCGAGAAAGCCAGCAGCGUCAAUCAGCUGGACAACACCGACAUUGCUGCCGAAUGCAUGGAUCAUAUGGUUGCGGGAAUCGAUACUACUGGUGAUUCGCUAUGUUUUCUGAUGUGGGAACUUUCUCAACCAGCCUCCUUGGAAUUCCAAAAGAGACUCCAGGACGAGAUCCGGGAACACCCUGACGUUUCGUUUGACAAGCUCUCUUACCUCGACGCGGUGGUUCAAGAGGGUCUGCGUUGUUAUCCUGCGAUCCCCAUGUCAUUGCCUCGAGUUGUACCCGACGGCGGCAAGCAGGUAGACGGCUAUUUCAUCCCAGGAGGAAGCAUCGUCAGCAGUCAGGCGUACUCUGUGCAUCGCAAUAACGAAGCGGUCUUCCCGAGCCCUGAUGUCUUCAAUCCCGAGCGCUGGAUGUCACCGGUCGGAGAGGCCGAGAGAAAACGACACAUGUUUGCUUUCUCCCACGGUGGAAGAGGCUGCGUUGGAAAGCACCUGGCACUUGCAGAAAUGAAGACCUUGCUCCGCGCCAUUUAUAGUCGCUAUACGACCGUACCCGACCCCUCCAUGACCCCCGAAAGCAUGAGGUCUCAUGAGCAGAUCAUUUCGGCACGACCAUACGGACAAAAGUGUCUGUUGAGAUUCAUCCCUCUGCAACAAGUGCAACAAUAG